AUGGGGAGUUAUAACCUGAACACGCCAAAUCAUUCACAUCGCACACAGUCUGUCCUGCCCAUCAUGUCCGACAACACGACGUCCCAGGAGGACAUGGCCGCCCUCUCCUACUUCGACCACUCGUCGGGCAAGCGCAUCAACACCGAUGUCGUCCUCAUCGAGGCAAUCCGAUCGCAGUACCCCAACCUCGACCUCACCGUCGCGCCCCAGGGACGGCUGAACCUCCUCGCAUACGCAUCCGCUGGCUUCGCAAAAGUCACGCCCCUCGAAGACUCGGUCACAGAUCCCGUCUACGGCCCUGGAGUCAAGUGGCGCUCCUAUGCUCCCCCAAGCCACAGGCUCGACCCCAGUCCUGGAUACAUGGUCGAACGUGUCAUCUUUGGCAAGUACAUGUACAAGUGGAAAGACCAGGAGGCGAUUCUAUACAUUGCCGAAGGUCGCGACGGAGGGUCGUAUUACCCAAGCCCGACGCUGCACUAUGUCCUCUCCAACGCGUCGCACAAGGUGGAUGAGUUGAUCAAGGACGCGACAAAGUGGGGUAGCGAACUGCACAACGAGGUCUGGGUCUUUGACGGUGGCUACUGGCAGAAGAGCGCGGAGCUGUACCGUUCUGUACAGAAGAGUACAUGGGACUCCGUCAUCCUCGACGAGGACAUGAAGAAGGCGCUCAUCGCAGAUGUGGAGAACUUCUUCGAUGGCAGACAGACAUACGAAGACCUGAAGGUGCCAUGGAAGCGCGGUGUCAUCUACUACGGACCCCCCGGAAACGGCAAGACCAUCAGCAUCAAGGCCAUGAUGCACAGCCUUUACCAGCGCGGCAAGGAAGGCGACUCCAGACUCGCCGUCCCCACUCUCUACGUCCGCACCCUGACCUCUUUCGGUGGACCUGAGUACUCGUUAGCGCAGAUCUUUGGCAAAGCUCGCGAGCAGGCGCCCUGCUACCUUGUCUUUGAGGAUCUGGAUUCAAUCGUCAGCGACCAUGUGCGAUCAUACUUCCUCAAUGAGGUAGAUGGUCUAAAGUCGAAUGACGGCAUCUUGAUGGUCGGUUCCACAAACCACCUGGACAGGCUGGACCCAGGGAUUGCAAAGAGGCCUAGCCGCUUCGAUCGCAAGUACUACUUCCCAAACCCUGACUAUGAUCAGCGCAUGCAAUACGCAAAGUUCUGGCAGGGAAAGCUCAAAGACAACAAGGAUCUCGACUUCCCCGACGAGCUCUGUGGAAAGAUUGCCGAGAUUACGCCCAAGUUCUCUUUUGCCUACAUGCAGGAGGCUUUCGUUGCGUCGCUCCUUGCUAUUGCCGCGCGGGGUGGUAAGAGCGUCGAGGAGGCCGACCACGAUGCAGAGAGGUGGGCAGGCCCCCAGGAUCCGAUGAAAUCGACCACCGGCACUCUGCAUACCAACUUCGCACGGAGACUGCCCUUUGGCGACAUAUACGACCCUGCUUCGGAGCCAGACUCUGAUCUUGACAAGCUAGAGCUGUGGCAAGAGAUGAAGAAGCAGGUCAAGAUCCUGCGCGAGGAGAUGGAUGAGAAGAACCGCAAAAAUGAUUGGGAACUGCCUAGUCGGUCAAAGGCAGCGACUCUUCGACCAAACCCGACUCAGUUCAGAGAUGAGUUGGACGCCAUUCUGCAUGGAGGUGAAGAGAGACGUCCCAAACAUCCGCACCCAGAAUUCGAGUACCUAGCCAGUCAGACUAGGUUUGAGUAG